AUGCCGGAAACAAUCGGUGAUUAUCAAUAUAGCAAACGGGACUUGAUCGGACAUGGUGCUUUUGCUAUUGUCUUUCUUGGCCAUUCGAAAAUCAGUCCCGACCAACAAGUGGCGAUCAAACAGAUAACGAAAAAACAAUUAGCAAAAUCACAAAGUUUACUUGAAAAAGAAAUCAAAAUUCUCAAAGAAUUAACAAAACUUAAACAUGAAAACUUGGUAGCUUUGCUCGAUUGUAAAGAAUCUCCGAACAAUGUUUAUCUUGUGAUGGAAUACUGCAACGGUGGAGAUUUGGCUGAUUAUCUACAAGCAAGACAAACUCUUAGCGAAGAUACCAUUGCGAUAUUUUUCCGACAAAUUGCUGCGGCUAUUCGCGCUUGUCAUGAUCAUAGUGUUGUUCAUCGUGAUUUAAAACCUCAAAAUAUUCUUUUAUCUCAUCCGGACAAGAAUAAUCCUCGCGUGCAGGAUAUCAUAUUGAAAAUUGCAGAUUUUGGCUUUGCAAGAUUUCUCUCCGAUGGUGUUAUGGCUGGAACACUAUGCGGUUCACCAAUGUACAUGGCACCCGAGGUUAUUCGCUCGUUACAAUACGAUGGCAAAGCUGAUCUAUGGUCAAUUGGUACGAUUAUGUAUCAGUGUUUGACUGGCAAAGCACCGUUUCAAGCUCAGACACCCCAAGCACUUAAACAAUAUUAUGAAAGAAAUGUUAAUUUAGCACCGUCCAUACCACCAUCGACAUCCCCGGAACUGAAGGAUUUAAUUGUUCGAAUAUUGAAACGAAAUCCAAAGGAACGAAUUGAUUAUGAAGACUUUUUUAAUCAUCCAUUUUUAGCUAAAAGCCAGCCAAUUCCAAUAUCAUCGGGUCGUACACAAACAUCUAGUAUCAAUAUUAUUAGUUCAUCACCACUACGCGAAGGCAUUCUAUCUCAAGUUCAAGAUUUCGACUCUGUUAUGCCACGACAAUUCAGUCGCCAAAUCGACCCAAUUCCAGAAUAUGAACCAGAUAUUGUACCAAGCACGAUACCGAAUCCACCGCAAACAGCAGUUAAUAAUCGACGUUCACCGUCGCCGAAUUCUUUGAAUAAUCUCGGUCCACCGACAAGUACAAGUCGAUCAUCAAUCAAACGUUCAACAAAUCCAACUACACCAGUAUCAACAAAACAAGAUGAUUUUGUGCUCAUACCAGAACAUGUUGCCGUAGAUAAAAGUCUUCCAUCAGCGGGUAGUCACACAUCAUUUGCUCAACUCUCACGAGAGAAACGUCUAACUAAAGAUCAGCAUCGCACAUUAUCUGAAGGAAUCUUAUGCUCGAAAGAAUCAUCGUCACAACGGCCCGAUAAUCUUGCCUUAACAGCCAUUGAAAAUACUGCAACUAUCAAAGACACACGUGCUUCCAGUGUUAGUCAACCUAUACCAGUUCCCUCACAAAUUCAUAAUUAUGAAAAGAUGCAAGAAUCAAGAGAUCGAACAAAAAGUAUUGGCGGUAUUUCUGCUGGCAGUCCCAAUAGCAGUCCGUACGACGGUAUGUUAAUCUUUAUCAUAACAAAUUGUACUUUGAUCUUUGAAAUAUUUCGAUCAGAUCGUCGCGCAUCAUUGGAUCGUCUUCGUCAAGCAAGUAUUGUGUCAUCGAAUUCAGAUUUAGCUAAUUCCAUAAGUCCACCGGCUGUCCGAUUUACUGCUGAAGGUGCGACGGCGACCGCUAAUCCAUUCAGUUUAGUAGCGGCAGCACGCCGAACAACUACGACACCACCACCAUCACGUGCGAUUCCAUCAUCUGCAUCGAAUUCAAGUCUUGUUCAACAACAAAAUUCCAAAUUGAUCAUUGAUGUAUCUCCACUGAAAUCGAGACCGAAACUAACCGACGUCGAUAAUCUUCAUGAUCGAUUUUUCGAACAAGAAAACAAUUUGGAGUUCUUCGGAACCAAUCCCGAUCAACAAACAGUAGCUGGACCACUUCGUCGACGUGUUAGUUCAAUGUUCGGCGACACAAAACCCGAAGGUCGUUAUUAUGAACCACAACAGAUUACCGAUGAUACUUUAAUGGAUAAUGAACAUCAUGAUACAUUAAAUAAACUCGAUUUUAUUCUUCAAUUAGUUGAUUAUAUAUUGAACUUGGCUAGUUCACGAACAAGUUUACUUACAGAAUCAUUAAGUUUAAAUAAUAAGAACAGUAAUAACUCUUCACGACCGAAAAUGGAUCGUCUUAGUCAUGUAGAUGAUCUAUAUAAACGUGCUGAACAAUUAACACUUUAUGUUAAAGCUAUGCAUUUCCUUAGUUCAGCUAUGUGUCUUGCUCGUGAUACGUUGAAAUCCGGAAGAUUGCAUCCAACAGCUGGCGUUCGAAAUGCUGUUAGUGAUCUAAAUAAUAAAUAUAAGCAUUGUUUGAUCAUGUGUAAACAACUUAGUACACAGGAAGAAUUGUUAACACAUGAUGAAAUGAAGGGUGUGACACUAACAGCGGACAAACUACUUUAUUUACAUGCAAUUGAUCUUUGUUUGAACGCCGCCAGUUUAGAAUUCUUCGGCAAAGCUCAAGAAUGUAUUGGACCAUAUACUCAAGCCCAAGUCUUGUUUCACAGUUUAAGUCAACAAGCAACCACCGAUUGUGAUCGAUCCAUAUUACGACAAUAUCGAGAAGCAGUCGAACGUCGUUUGCAUUGUCUUCAAAAUCAGGGACUUGUUGUGCUCAACGACCCAUCGAGUACAUCCUAA